AUGCAGCAGAAUGAGACAUCAGCCGCGAGGGCAUUUCCUGAGAUGCUUACCGAGCAACCCAUAUUUUCGCUGACAGAGAUCUUUAAUUGUGACCGUUCCAUUUGGGAUAUUGGCACUCAAAAUUGUUGGCCGCAGAAAAUCCCUGACACGGAGAAAAGCUCGACCUUCGACCCCCCAGAAACCGCAGACUCAGAGUGGUCCAGCACUUCAGUAAAUGCUGCUGCAACCUGCAAUACAUUUUUGACCACCCCCCCAUUCCAGCUACAGUUUGACGGACAGGGUGGACAAACAGACGUGGGGGUGACCCCAGAAUCAGAUAGUUCUCUUAUAGAGUUCUUCAUUCAGUCAGUCAGGCCGCCAAUUCUAGCCGACAUUGAGGCUCAUAAGAAGUGGUUGACAAUGCGUCAUGCCAUCGUGGGGAUGGCAAGACAUUCCCCAAUAGUUCGGAGCGCAGUUUCUGCCUUUGCUACCCUACUUAUAUCUCGGCAAAAUAAUAACGCUGAUACUUGCGAGCAAAAUCAUUACCAAAAUGCUAUAGCGGGAGUUGCUGGUUUCGACAGUUCGGCGAUGGCAGAAUACAGCAAUGAUCGCGAACACGUCUUAGUGGCACUUUUCUUUCUGUGCUACAUCGACAUUUUGGAAAUAAGAAUGGAAAUGGCACAUUUAAAUCUCAAACGAGCCUACAAUAUCUUCCAAAGGGGACACAAAACGAGUUUUUCCUCCAUGGAGAGGCAACUCUUGCUCUGGAUCCGCCUUCUUGACGCGCGAGCCGUAAGUGCGGGGGGUGACGGACUCUUUCUUUUGGAGGACGUUGAAUCUCUCCUGGGGGACAGCUCCCCUGCAAAAUCUGAUUCCAUACCUGGUACUCCAGACGGACAGUCAGUUGGAGAAGAUGAUGUGGAGGACGUACUCUUUCAAGCCUUGUACCAGCCCGGUGUCAUAUUCUAUCAGAAAGUUCAGAGUUACAUGGGACAUAUAUCCAAGCUCGAUCCAUGGCACCGAUCUCGAGGAACGGUCGAGGACGAGAUUGAAGUUAUGAACAAGGGAGCCUCGAUUGCUGCAGGUCUGCGAUCAUUGUAUAACCAGCGUCCCAUACUUAUGGACCUGGCAGUGGCUGGGAGACUGGUCGAGCCGCACCUGUCAUCCUCCCUAGCCUGUGCAAUCACUCGCGCAUUUCGAACCUACCUGUUAAACUUCUAUGCCUGUAAAGUUCACCUCCAUCGAGUUGCCUACAAGACUCUCCCUCUCACAAAAGAAGUGGAAGAUGCAUUGAGUCAGAUCCGCAAGCUCGCACAGCAGAUAGUGGCUGACUUGGAGCCUUCAGACAACCCUCCGGUCACCAUACUUUGGCCCUUGCUAAUGCUUGGUGCGGAGGAGACUGAUGAAAGUGAGAGGCAAUGGAUCCGGGCACAGCUUCUUAGAAUGGAGAAUGUCGUUGGGAAUGCCGGCCGAACGACAAAGGUGCUAGAUAAGGUUCAAUCUUAUCAAGAUACUGCGAAAGUUAGAAUGGAUAUUCGGGCUGUCAUGCACUCGGAAUUUAACUUAUGCUUUGCGAUUGUCUAG